GAACCUCCCCUCACAAGAGUCACAGUUCUUCGAAUUAUUGAGGAUUUAUUUCCCUAUCAUUUAUGACGUGAAAUAUUUGAUGAAAAGCUGCAAAAACCUGAAGGGAGGCCUUCAGGAGGUGGCGGAUCAGCUAGAGUUGGAGCGAAAGGGACCGCAACACCAGGCGGGCAGUGAUAGCCUGUUAACGGGCGCCGCCUUCUUCAAGAUGCGUGAGAUGUUCUUCGAGGACAAUAUCGAUGACGCGAAAUAUUGCGGCCAUUUGUAUGGAUUAGGGACUGCUUUUGUGGUGAACGGCACUUACGAUGAGAACAAUAGCUCUUCAAACGCGAUGACACCGACCAACACGACCACAACCAACACACCGGCGCCCAUAUCUACCCCUUCAUGAUUGAGUCCGACAGCGGUAUCUGACUGUCAAACACUUGAAUGUAUUUGCCAUCGAUUUAUAAUUUUAAUGAGCCUUUUAUUCAAUAUAUCUAUUGAUUUACUACUGAUUUUAUCAUAUUUUCGC